UAUUCUUCCCAACAACAUUACCGCAACACCAAUUAACAAAUCGCCGAUCGCCGAUUAAAUAACCGCUCUCAAAUCAAAUCAAUGGCUCACAUUCAAUCGCGGUACGAGCAGCAACAGAUGCAGCAGCACAAGCCGCAGCUAUCGCACCAGGUCGCCAAGACCACCACCGCCGUAACCCUAGGCGGAUCUCUCAUGGUCCUCUCCGGCCUGACGCUCGCCGCUACCGUAAUCGGCCUGGUGCUGGUGACUCCGCUGCUGGUGAUAUUCAGCCCCGUUCUGGUCCCCGCCGCCAUCACGUUGUUCCUGAUUCUGGCCGGAUUCGUGACUUCCGGCGGAUUCGGGGCGACGGCAAGCUUCGUGUUCUACUGGAUGUACAGGUACGCGACGGGGAAGCACCCGAUCGGUGCGGACCAGCUGGACCGGGCGCGGGAGAAGAUUGCGCACGCAGCGCACGAUGUGAAGGAGAAGGCGGAGCAAUUCGGGCAGCAGCAUACCAAGGGAAAUCAAGGAACUUAAGAGAGGAAAAUCAAUAAAAAAAAAAUUCAAUUUCAACUUUUGAAUGAAAUAAAUUGAUCGUUCGUUCGAUCGAUUUGUAUGUGGCUUUGUGAUUUGUGUGAAGUAUUGUUCCUUUUUCUGUAGUCUGUCUAUUUGUUGUAUGUCAGUCCUGGUUGGAUCAUAUCAUAUCCAUGUCUAAGUUGUAUCA